UUCGACGGAACAACUUUAUUUAACCAAAAAAAUCCCAUCAGGAUUGGUUACGGAUCUAUUUUCACCAUGAGAUUUAAACUUCCUGCCGGUGUGAAACCUGAAAUUAGAGCGUCACUCAUUAACCUGGGGUUCCAGACUCAUUCAGCGCAUAUGUCACAGCGAUAUGUCGAAUUGAAAGUACUCCAGGUGAUAACGGUUGGCAAUGGAAUAUUCCUUGCUAACAUCCAAUCUCCACCACGAGCGAACGUCAUGCCACCGGGCCGCGUAUACGUGUUCUUGAUGCACCGAGGAACUCCGGCAAAUACCGCCUGUGAGGUCUUGAUAGGAUAA